CCCAUUUGCUGAAACGGGCGAUUUGUACGAGGAACACGGUUGCUUGAACCAUUUGAGCUGUGCCUGUUUAUUGGGCACCUCUGGAUUCAUCUACUGUACAAAUGGCGACAUCAAAAUUUGUUCUUUGCCCAAAUGCUUCAGCGUUUAACGUUGUAACCAGUUCCAACAAGACCAUCAAAUUUGGCUCCCAUUUCAAACUCCGUGAUAUUCCUCCUAAUGGCUCUGCCUCUAGCUGUGCUUCACGCGGGGCUGUGUCAAGUUUAAAGGCAGACGACAAUAAACGCAGAAGUAAUCUUGAAUCUCUAUUUUGUUAUGAUAAGGCUAUCCCAGAAGAAAUAAUUGAGAAGCCUGUUGGGUUAUCUUUGGCAGAGAAAGCUAUCGGUAACAAUCAUCGAUGCACCGAUUGUCAUGCCAAAGGCGCUGUGCUUUGUGCCACUUGUGCUGGUAGUGGUCUAUAUGUUGAUUCCAUAUUGGAAAGCCAGGGCAUCAUUGUUAAAGUUCGUUGCCUAGGUUGCGGGGGAACCGGUAAUAUUAUGUGUACAGAAUGUGGGGGACGAGGUCAUCUGGGAUCCAAAUGAUCUAGUCUGACAUUUUGGAAAUUUGUUGUACCACUAACAUGUAUUGUUUUGGUUGCAUUGCUUGUAUGUCAUAGUUUCCUUUUUCUAUUCUUUUUUGGUAAAUGGAGGUGUAGUAAUGGCUGGAACUUAGGAUAUCUACCAAUCUUACCCGCCAUUCCCUCCCUACCACAUCAAUCAAACCAAAUAUGGCUGUCAUAUAUAUUCUUAAUGAUGUGAAUUCGCAAAUUUCUUUGGUCACACAAAUCACCUGUAAUAAGUUACAUUGAAGUUACAUAUGGUUUAUUUCUUUCUUCAUGGAAAAGUUUCCUAUG